AUGAAACCUGAAAAGGCCUAUUUGAGUGUUGUAUUAGUCUCAUAUAUAUAUAUAACAGUUGCAUUAGUAACUUUAUGGAAAUUUCGCCAUGAUUCCUCGAAGCUGUACUACUGGAACGCUGUCUUACUUUUCCCAGUGUUACUUUGGUUCUGGAGCGUGAUAUCUUGGACUGGCUCUCAAAUAUUCGCUAACGCCAAGAGAGAUUGA